AUGGCGCAGCGGUCGUACGAGUGGACGAUUGAGCUUUCGCAUGAACACGUGCGGGAGAUUGACGACGCCUUAGCGCGCACCAAGGCGAACGGGGUGCGGGAAAUCGUCGAACUCGGUCCAGAAAACUUUUCUCUGCCGACGCUCGGGCCGACGCUCGAAGACAUGGGACGAGAGCUCGUCCACGGGCGAGGUUUUGCCCUGAUGCGAAAUUUUCCCGUGCAUAGAUAUUCUAGUUGGGAGCGCUGCGCGGCGUUUUACGCCAUGGGUCGGUACAUGGGCACGUGCGUGCCGCAAAACAAACUGGGGCACGUCGUGGGCCACGUGAAAGACCUUGGGGGCGAUCCGAACGAUCCGCUCACGCGUUUAUACACGACGAGUGCAGCGCAACCGUAUCACACUGAUUCUGCGGAUAUCGUGGGAUUACUUUGUCUGAGUCAAGCGACGGAAGGGGGGCACAGUCAGGUGACGUCUUCGGUGGCGAUUUGGAACGCUCUCGUCGAGCGCUUUCCAGAAAGCGCGGCCACGCUUCAAAAAGAGUUCGUCGUCUCGCGCAAAGGAGAAGUUCCGGUCGGCAAGGAAGCGACGUAUAAAAUACCUAUUUUUCACGCGCACGAAGGCAGGUGCGCGGCAAUAUACGACCGUUCAUUCAUCAACUCCGCGGUGGCGCUGACGGGCGUUGAGUUGAGUAAAACGCAAACCGCGGCGCUCGAUCAUUUGGACGCGCUCGCGUGUUCGGACGAAUUGCGUCUGGACAUGACCCUUGAACCGGGUGAUAUUCAAUGGCUUCAUAAUCACACCACUUUACACGCUCGAAGCGCCUUCAAAAACGAAGGCGCCGAGCCGAGGCACCUCGUCCGAAUGUGGGUUUCCCCGAACGAGCGCGUCGGCGCCAUGCCGCUUCCCGAAAUAUUCGCGGAACGCUUCGGCACCGUCGAGCCCGGACCGAUGCGCGGCGGUAUUCGCGUUACGGGUCAAUCCAAUCAAUCUUUAAGCUGUCCUCUCGACGCCGAACCGAUGCGUAGAACGUAG